UAGUUGUCAUUUUUUGACAGCGCCAUUUGGUGAAGGAAGAAGUUUGCAAAGAAGUUUGUUGAUCAAUUUGCAACACCCAUUCCUGCGUGCUACGUGAAGCCAAAAAAUUCCAAUGUGCUAGCGUUGCUCCCUAGUUUUCGCUUGCAUUUCGCUUUACGAACCUCCAUCCGGCAACAGGGCAACCGUUAUAACCGGAACAGAACAGCAGACGAAAUACGCGCCUUGUCUAUGCACGGUGCUACGAUUGCACACGGACGCAGCGGGCGGAUGCUUGCUGUCUCGCACUAAAAACAAAACAACCUAGCAACAGCAACAACGACGACGAUAAGCGCGGUACCAGCGUAGGAAGGAAAGUAAAAUGGACAAUUGCCACAACUAUGCCACCACAUCGAAAAAGAAACGAAUCCCAAUCUCCGACGAUAUACACAUCAUUAUCAAAAAGUUCCGUGACAAGGACAAGCACGACGAGAAGCCUUCUACAUCAGGUGACCAUGACUACGACGACGAGCAUAGCAUGGAUUCGGAGGAACUGCGGCGUGUCCGGCACCAGGAACCGUCGUCCUCCUCCACUCUGGUAGGCAUCACGUCGAAUAGCAACAGUAACAGUACAACGUGCCCGAGCGGCAGCUCGUUACAGGCGGUCGGCUUAGGAAGCAACCAUUCGGUGCAGGUGCAACUGCAGCCACAGCAACACAUCAUUUCACUAGGCCAGACCCAUACCGGACUGGUGGCGAGCAGUAAUGCAAACCUAGCAUGCCAAAGCAGCAGCAACCAGACGGAGGAUAUCAAGCUUAUACUGCGAAAGUUGUCCAACAUCGAGGAGCUGCUGAAGGUGGUCGCCGAACAGAGUCUAAGUCGUCUAACGGCGAUAAAGCAGGAAACGGGAGCUACGUUGACGGCUGCUCCCGGUGCCCAGCUGACGGCGGUGGAUACGAACCAAAUAAUUCAGCAACAUCAUCAACAACAGCAGCAACAACACCAUCAGCAGCAGCAGCAGCAGCAACAGCAACAAACGGUAACCCAGAACGCGGAGAUUGAAUCGUGCUUCAAGUUCCCAAUUCGCUCGCUGAAGGAGCUGAUCGAGCUGAACAAGAGCAUCUGCGGCGACGAGUCGCUGUACAACAAGCUGUUCGAGCAUCUCACCAAAAUAAGACUGGACUGUGACCAAAACAUAGUCAUCAAUGCGCUUACGUCCAUUGUCAGUGACGAGGUGCUGGAUGCGGUUACGUGGGACACUGGGAAAAAGUUUAAACUAUCCUCGGUCGUGCUGUUUAGCGAUUCGCUGUACGUCGCUUGGUUUAAGGACAAAAUGAAGUACGAUGAGUAUGUGACCGAGAUGAAGGAUGCCAUCGAACGAUCGCACAAGCGGCAUGCUAAGGUAAAAACGAAACGAAACCAACAGAACAGCCAACUGCAGCAGCCCCAGUCCCUGCAACCGAUCAUGCAUUCGCCUUUGGGGACAAGCAACAGUGCCAGCGCGAACGCUCCGCCGGGGACCGUUAGCACGAUCAGUUGUGACAAUAGUGCAUUAGUACUCGAAUAGUGAACCGCGCGGGAUGUACCAUUCUGGCCAAGAAGAAAUGGGACGGUUCGAACGUUCGAAGUGAAUCUUGUUUAGCCACCAUCCCCUCUAUCCUUCACCUUCCUUUCUCAUCCCUCGUGGCCAUCGCGGCACUCUGCACUUGUGUUUUUAGGUUUGUUUGUUAUUUUGCAGAACCGUUACUCUCAUCGUUUGUAAUCCGCCUGUUUCCAUAGCAAUUCUUCGGUGCUUCAACGGAAGAUUUAGAUACGGUUGAAUUUAAACAGGACCAAACCACCUCCUAGCGAUCGAUGAUCGCUCAUUUGGCUGCAAGCUAGUUAAUCUAGUAGUUGAUCAUUACAGUAAACUAAAAGAAGAGCAAGAUUAAUUGCUUUCAUCAAAUGCAAAGGUCACUAUGAUGAGCAAGAGAAGCCAUUGCUGCUAGAAUUCUUCUUAUAAAAAGCCUAGGAGGGAGAAUUUGGUCUCGAUUAGGUUCGUACCCAUCAUUUCUGGUGUGUAGCUCAGCGCAGCAGUAUGAGAACACCCACCCACUCCAACCUAUAGUAAAAUAAUGAUUUUAGAAUCGCCAGUUACAUGCAAGAAAGAGUGCCACAACUCGAAACACGUUGCCACAAAUGGCACACCACGCGAUCGAGAAAUCGCAAGCAGAAACAAAACGCUUGAGAGGAGCACAUGUUUAAUUUCUUUUACAAGAACUUUACCUGUAAUGCGUCAGCGCACACGCAUAAACAUCGGCAGAGCGCUGUAUAUUAGUUAUGAAAUUGUUUUGUUUUGUUUUGUAUACUGUUAGAAAGUUCUUUUGCGUCCCAAUAUAGCGAUGCAACUCGUAUGGCAACAGGCGAAUGUAUGACAAAAUGUUCGUUUUUCACUGUACACAUUUGGCAUGAGCUCUAGGAACUAAAGCGCUACACAGCAGGUGAGAAGAAGGCGGCAAAUUUUAGGUUUAGAAGGUUUAGAAUUACAAUAACUAUCAAAAACAAAACCUUACGAAUAAAACAAAGCAAGAAACCCCCUUGUGUCAGGGUGCGGGAAACGAUGGUUUCAGAUUCA